AAUAAUGAAUCAAUGACGAGAGAGAGCCACGUGGUCAUCUAUGAGCCUCUGCUUUAUCUUUCACAGCAGCGUGGUCGGUUCAAUUCCGGCAUCUAGCUUUUCCAAACCUGCGGCCUCAAACUUCUUUCUCCUUGUUUUUAAUCUUUGCAUUUCACAAAAAGCCCCAUGUUCGCUUCAACCUUCACAUUCUGUUCUAAGCUCUAUCUAAUUGGUGCAUAUGGGGAUAUCACAUAGAGUUGAUUAUUCGUUGGUCCCCUAUAGAAGUAUUCACAAUAUGAUUCAUUAUAUAUGUUAAUCUAAUCAGUUUUGGGAGCCAUAGCUUGAUCUUGGGAAGGAGCAUUAUUUUGAUACGAGGCUUAACAAUUCACGUGGUGUUCUUUUUCCUCCCACUCACAAAUAUUAUUCUCAUCAUUUUUUUAACCGAUUUAAUGUUCUAUUCUUUUUUGAAGCAAACGCUUGCUAGCGAGAAGAAACAAGAGCUAAUCAAAUUCACCCAACUGCCUUGGAUAAAAAUACACGGGAAAUCAACAAAGAGAGGCGUUGUUAUUAUAAGAUGAUUAAGAUUCCAAAAGAGGCAGAUCUUGCAAGAAAACAUGAAGGUGAUUCGUCAAGUAAUUAUGAGAAAGCAAAGGCAUCGACAUCAUCAUGGAGCAGCAUGGAGCAGCAAUGGGUGAGGUUGAAGGAUCCGAGGAUAGUGAGAGUAGCAAGAGCCUUCGGAGGCAAAGACAGGCACAGCAAGGUUUGCACCAUACGCGGUUUGAGAGACAGAAGAGUGAGGCUGUCGGUACCCACAGCCAUUCAAUUAUAUGACCUUCAAGAGAGGUUAGGGUUCAAUCAACCCAGUAAGGUUAUUGAUUGGCUUCUUAAUGCUGCCAAGAAUGACAUUGAUGAACUGCCUCCUCUUCCACCAUUAAAUCUGGCCCUCGUUCAUCAUCAUGCUAUUCUCACCUCUAAUUCUCAGCCUAACGAAGAACAUGGGUGGGAAGCUAACAAUAACACUUUCUGGAAACUGAUGGAGCCCAAAGAAGCUUCCCUGUCGCAUGAUCACGAGGACAAAGUUGGUGAUGAUGAUGUUAAACGAGGAAGCAAUAAUAAUGAUACUGAGUUAUCUCAUCUUCCGCAUCACCAUCAUCAUCAUCCCUCCUUUGUUGGGUACCAGUGGGAAGGUUCUGUAUCAGAUGGUGCUGGUAGUGGUGGAGGUGUACAUGUUUCUCAUCAGACAGAUUUGCAAAGCCUUAGCGUUUUACCUUCCUCAUCAACUUUGUCUUUGUCCACUGGGGAUUCUUCUCAUCAUCAUUUUCCUUCGCAUUUUGGAGCGAAUAUGGAUAUGGAUAGUAAUAUUCCUAAACAACUCAACUAUAACCAUCACUAUCCUAUGCUCAGUUCUAGUUCAAAUAAUCUGUACCCUAUCUCCAUGGCACAAUCCUUGAAACCCUUUGGGUUGAGCAUGAUGACUCCCAACAGCACUUCAGAGAGCCAGUCACAUAACCACCUUCAGAAUUUUCCCACCAAGUGAUUACACGGACAAAGUGCAAAACAAUAAGAGCACACAGUACUCUACUGGACUGCCAUCUUCAAUGAAUUGAUGUAGCUCAGAGAAGUUGGGGUUGUGGUGGUUUCAGUUGCAGUUCGUUGUCGCGGGGAUAUUACAGGCAAAUGCAUCAAGAUUAAUAGAAAUAUAUAUAGAGAGAGAGACAAACACACACAGUUGUGUCUGUGUGUUUGUGUUGUCCCGCGCUGUAUGAUAUCAACAGUGAUUAGCAAUAAUUUAUAUUAAUAAUCUUUGUACUUCAUAUGGUUGAUUGAUUUGAUUUCCUUGGGAAGUUAGCUGUUGAACGUGGUCUAAUGUGUUUUGAAUGGGACGAGAAUCAACUUCGAUAGUUGCUUU